AUGCCUGAACCUUCUAAAUCUGCUCCUGCUCCAAAGAAGGGGUCGAAGAAAGCCAUAACCAAGGCGCAGAAAAAGGAUGGCAAGAAGCGCAAGCGCAGCCGAAAGGAAAGCUAUUCUAUCUAUGUGUACAAGGUGCUGAAGCAGGUCCACCCCGAUACCGGCAUCUCAUCCAAGGCCAUGGGUAUCAUGAAUUCUUUUGUGAACGACAUCUUUGAACGCAUUGCCGGGGAGGCUUCUCGUUUGGCACAUUAUAACAAGCGCUCUACCAUCACCUCCCGGGAGAUCCAAACCGCCGUGCGCCUGCUACUGCCUGGAGAGCUGGCCAAGCAUGCUGUGUCCGAAGGUACUAAGGCCGUCACCAAGUACACCAGCUCCAAAUAA